UUACUCAACAGUUGUACAACUGUUGUGUUUUCUAAAAGUAAACAAUACAGACAUUACUGGAUUGCUAGAGAUGACAUAGGCGACAAAUUUUAAUUUAUUAUUUAGCCAUGUUAAAAAGAUAAAUACAAUUACAUUAAAUUCUCAUAGAAAACGUUAGUGUAUUCGUUUGUGUACUGUUUUAUAUUUAUUAUGGAAGAAGUUCUUCAGCAAUUGGGAGUUGGGAUUCGACCCAUAAAUGAUCCCUUUUUCGACGAUUCCUAUAAAGUCUGCAAAAUUUUUCAAAGACAAGGUGUCACGAUUGACGACGAAGAGGAAUUAUGCCAUGAAGUCAUCAGAGAAUUCCCAUGCUAUAUCCCUGGAUGCAAAACCACUUUCCAAACGUUACUCGAUUAUGAGAUGCAUUAUAAUAGUUCUCAUCGAUAUGCUUGUACAGAAUGUAAAGCAUCUAGACCAAAUCCAAGACUGUUGGAAAUUCAUAUUCAAGAAACACAUGAUGCUUUCUUUAAGGUCUUGUCUGAGAAACAAGCCAUGUAUCAGUGUUAUGAUUCUGAAUGUGAUAUAAAAUUCAAUGAUCCAGUGGAAAGAAGAGAACACUGUAUUAGAAUACAUAAGUUUCCAAAGAAAUAUCGAUUUGAUGAUAUGCUGCAUUAUAACAAGAAAGACGAAUUGAACGCAAUGGAAAUUGACAAUGUUGAUAGUAAAAAAAAGAAAAAGAAUACCAAAGUACUUUUGAAUAAAAAUCAAAAAAGUAAGAUGUUUGCAAAAAAUACCACUAAUACAGUAUGUGAAAAUAAUAUUAGUGUAGAAACAAUUCCAUCAACUAAUGUGAAAACUAAAGUAACAACACCAUUAGCUUUUGUUCCUAGACAAGUACAAAAAUCCUUCUCAAAGGUGCUUACAAAUAAUCAGAACAGGGAAAAAAAUAUUCUCGAGUCAGAAACUAUGAUGGAAUUAGCAGAUUCGCUGCCUGAUUGAUAGUUGGAAAUCUUUUUAAAUAUCUCUUAAUUUUAUUAAUUAGACUUUCAUUAAUUUAAUUUUAAGAAUGUAUAUUUAAAUUUUAAGAAUAAUUGUAAGAAUUUAAUUUUAAGAAUGUAUAAAUGUGAUUGAAAUGAAUAAGGAUUAUGAUCUUGUAAAGAAUUUUAACGUUUGACAGCUGAAAAAUAUAUUUUAAAACAAAUAAAUAUUUACAUCUUUAGAUUAACAAAUUCUUAAUCUGUUCUCAACAUCAAAAUAUGCGCUUAUGUAGUUAAUAUGGCUAUUAAAUAUUUCAAUUUUUUUAUUUACAAAAAAGCUUGAAUAA